GGCUGGCACAGCCCUGGCCACUGUAGCCAUUUGAAGAUUGAACCAGAGAUGAAAAAUCUUGUGCGCUCUCUCUCACUGUCUGUAAUUCUGGCUUUCAAAGAAAUAAAGUUAGAUCUAUAAAAACAUAAAAGAAAGGUGAUGGACCUUAUUCAAAAUCUUCACUGAUUUCUCAAGAGAACUUUGUUUUAGAAUUCUGUUUUGCACACUUGUUAGCUAAUGAAUGUCAGGCAUGCCAAGAGUCAUGUUAAAGAGACCGGUCACUUACCAUGCAGAGACUGAGGAAAUGCUGAAACCAGACCAGGGCAGCAAAGUCUGAGAAGGGAAACCACAAUGGCCAGCGUGCCUGUAACUUAGCUCAUUUUCUCUCAAAGACACUUUUUUAUCUUUCACAAGUGAUAACAGUUAAGGCAUUAAUGUUUGUGACAAUGAUUCCUAUCGCCGGUGGCCUUGGGGACAUCCUGUUUUAGACAAGCACCCCGUCAGGUAUGUCCACCAUCCAGCAUGUGUGCCUUUCUCACCAGUGGGAAUGAUCUGCUUUUCAGAUAACUCCAUCCAGUCUAUUUUCUGCUGCUGUUGUUGCUGCUCUGUGCAGAAGCGGCAAGUGAGGACAGAAAUCAGCCUGAAUGAGGAUGAAAAAUAUCCUGAACGCCACCGACCCUGGUUCAGCGAAUGGUCCAGUAAACAUCACUCCAACAGGGGCCAGGGCCAGCCGUCAAAGCGUAAGCCACUGCCUCCGCUUCCACCCUCUGAGGUUGCUGAAGAGCAGAUCCGAGUCAAGGCACUUUAUGAUUUUCUGCCCAGAGAACCCUGUAACUUAGCCUUAAAGAGAGCAGAGGAAUACCUGAUCCUGGAGAAGUAUGAUCGUCAUUGGUGGAAAGCCAGAGACCGUUUAGGGAACGAAGGCUUAAUCCCCAGCAACUAUGUUACUGAAAACAAACCAACCAAUUUAGAAAUAUAUGAGUGGUACCACAGAAACAUUACCAGAAAUCAGGCAGAGCGUCUGUUGAGACAAGAGGCUAAAGAAGGUGCCUUUAUUGUCAGAGACUCAAGACAUUUGGGAUCUUACACGAUUUCUGUAUUUAUAAAAGCCAGAAGAAGCACCAUGGAAGCUACGAUAAAACAUUAUCAGAUUAAAAGGAAUGACUCAGGACACUGGUAUGUGGCCGAGAGACACCUCUUCCAAUCCAUUCCUGAGUUGAUUUGGUACCACCAACACAAUGCAGCUGGACUCAUGACGCGUCUUCGCUCUCCAGUUGGAUUGAUGGGCAACAGUUUUCCAGCCACUGCUGGUUUUAGCUAUGAAAAGUGGGAGAUAGAUCCAUCUGAAUUGGCAUUCGUCAAGAAGAUCGGAAGUGGUCAGUUUGGGGUGGUCUAUUUAGGGGAAUGGCGUGCGCAUUUCCAGGUGGCCAUCAAGGCCAUCAACGAAGGCUCCAUGUCAGAGGACGAUUUCAUUGAAGAGGCGAAAGUCAUGAUGAAAUUAUCCCAUUCAAGGUUGGUUCAGCUGUACGGGGUGUGUACGCAGCAGCGUCCCCUUUACAUUGUAACUGAGUUUAUGGAACAUGGCUGCCUGCUGAACUAUCUCAGGGAGAGAAAAGGAAAUCUUAGGAAGGAAAUGCUGCUGAGUGUGUGCCAGGAUAUUUGUGAAGGGAUGGAAUAUCUGGAGAAAAACUGCUAUAUUCACAGGGACUUAGCGGCAAGAAAUUGUUUGGUCAGUUCUACAUGUGUAGUCAAAAUUUCGGACUUUGGAAUGACAAGGUACGUUUUGGAUGAUGAAUAUAUCAGUUCUUCUGGAGCCAAGUUCCCAAUCAAGUGGUCUCCACCUGAAGUUUUCCAUUUCAACAAGUAUAGCAGUAAAUCUGAUGUCUGGUCAUUUGGGGUUUUAAUGUGGGAAGUUUUCACUGAAGGAAAGAUGCCUUUUGAAAAUAGAUCAAAUUUGCAAGUUGUGGAAGCCAUCUCUAAAGGCUUCAGGCUGUAUCGUCCUCACUUGGCACCAAUGUCCGUAUAUGAAGUCAUGUACAGCUGCUGGCAUGAGAAACCCGAAGGCCGCCCUACAUUCACUGAGCUGCUACAGGUGCUCACAGAGAUGGCAGAAACCUGGUGAUCUGCGAUGGAAUGUCAAUUUAUAUGGUCACAUGACAAGAUUGUCACAAGAUGAAAUUGAAAGUAGGGUCACGACUGAUGGUGAAUCUCUUCCUUUAUCAUUGCUGACUCUUGGAACCAGGCCAAAGAUCACAGGCUUUGGAAAUUUUAAAUUUAGGAAUAUUCUGGCGAUAGUUUUUCUCCAUUGUAUGAGAGAGGUUUCUGAGCCGUGUUUUUCCUGUGGAAUCUUUCCCAUCCCAUGUGUGAAGAAGGGAGAAAAUCUUCAUAGUGGGUACCCUUCAUGGUCAUAGCCAAAAACCCUAGAGGGUCGAUGGCAGUGUGUUGUUUCACAAGGGGUCUCUUUCCUGAGGAGGAGUGACAUUCAUGACUUUGGUGGCCGAUGCAGAGAAGAUGAAAAUAAAUUCUGCCAACUCAUGGAAUGAA